GAUAUAGAAUUCUGGAAGAAGGAAAAAAAAUCCAGCGAAUCUCUUUCCGGCCUGCAACGCCUGCGUUUCCUUCCAAGGUGUCUCGCGCUGCCGCAGACGGGACCUCUGGCGAACCAAAAGGGGCUUGUGAGCGGAAACAAGCGCCAAACAAUAGGCGAACAAGCAAGUAUUUUCUUAUAAAGACAAUAUCGAGGAAAUUCCUGAGAUAUACACGCAGCGAAGGAGAGCAUGCGUACCGCAGCCGCGGCGCUCAGAGGCCUCCUUUCGCUAGUGCCGCCGCGGCGGGUUUGAGGACUCCGGAUAAGCUCGCUCGCCAGGAUGGAGCGCUCUGGGCUUGGACGGCAACUCGGAGCUGCUGUACCGCCGCACCACGUCCGACUCGGCUGAUCGCGAGACUCUGCAGCCGCAAAUCUGGUCUCACCUCUCCGUCUCAUCUCGCCGCCGUGCCACCUCCGCAUUCUUCGUCCUGCCAACGGACGCCUCUGCUCUUAUCAAAGCUUAUGUGCGUUAUAUUAUUGCACGGACUGUUACAGUAUUGAGAUAUUUCAUGUUCCAUUGGCAAAGGAGGCUAGUUUUACGCAGCGGGGUUUGCCUAAUUUUCGCGAAGGUGGCAGAGGCGUGUUUGUCGGUUCGUGCGGUUUACGCGCUGGCUGUAAUGUUUGUAUACGCACAGACCGUGUUUGUGUGUACGUUUGCGGUUUAGCUGAAGAAAAACAGAACUGUGUGGACCUUUUGUUAUGCAAUAGUAAAUCCAAAGAAAAUAAUACGAACAUUAGGAUAUUCUGGCAAGUUGCGUCCAAAAUGAGGUGGACAGCUUUCUCGAAGGUUUAAUCUUUUGGGUACACAUCCAGAAGGUGUCUGGAAAGGAUAACACAGAAAUAAACUUUUGCUCCCGGAUUGUAACAGACGUGUUUCAUUCCAUUCGCCUACGGAUAAUUUUUUUUCCAGUAUUCAGGCGUCGAUAUUUUAUGUCGUUCUAUAAGAAUUUAUUAUAUGCAAGAUAGUCACCUUGCUUUUUGUUUAAGAGGAAAGCACAUAAACUACUAUUUAGUAAUAUUUAAUAUUUACUCACUACAAAAGCACAUUAUCAAAACAGCUCCAACAAAAAAAAACAUUUUUUUUAAAGCGCAGAAUCUUAAAUCCCGGCAACCGUAUCUUGGACUCCGGCGCUUGGCAUGCACUGAGGAUGUGCGCCGCGAGGUUCGGAGGGAUCGCAAAUGGCUGCGGGGACGAGGCUAGCAACGGGACCGGACCGGCCACCGCGUCCCGGAUGUUGGACUGGGCCGAGGCCGGCUCGCGGAUCCUGCACAGCCUCGAGAUCGGAACCGUCAUGACGGUGUUCUACCAGAAGAAAUCGCAGAGACCGGAGAGGAGAACCUUCCAGAUAAAACUGGACAUGCGGCAGAUUGUGUGGAGCAGAAAUCCUGACAAAAUCGAAGGCGAGAUUGACAUCGGGGAGAUUAAGGAGCUCCGUCUGGGGAAGGGUUCCCGGGAUUUUGAGCGUUACCCUGAGGAAGCGCGCAAGCUGGACUCCUCCCUCUGCUUCAUCGUCCUCUACGGCCUCGAGUUCCGCCUGAAAACCCUGAGUGUGGCCGCGUUCAGUGAGGAGGAGGUGAAUAUGUGGGUGACGGGGCUUAACUGGUUGAUGGCGGACUCUGUGAGGUCAUCGGCCCCACAGCACACAGACAGGUGGCUGAAGAAGCAGUUUGACCUCAUGGACCGUAACCAGGAGGGAAGUAUCACAGCCAAGGAUGUGAAGGCCCUGCUUCCUCAGAUCAACUACAGGGUGCCCAACAUGCGCUUUCUCAAGGACAAACUGCAGGAAGUGGAGGCGCGCUCUGAACUCUCUUUUGCACACUUCGCUCAGCUGUAUAGAACACUGAUGUUCGACACUCAACGGAUCAUUAUUGAGCAGCUGGAGCUGUCCUUCCCCCUCCGGAAUGUGGAUCGCCCAGAACUGUGCCAGAUCUCCUUAUACGACUUCCAGAAGUUCUUGCAGCUGGACCAGAAGGAAUCAUGGGCCUCAGACACAAAUCGAGUCAGGGAGUUCCUUUUGGGGUACCUGAAGGGGGGUGCCCCAACAGAGCCCUCCCUGCAGCUGGAUGAGUUCCUCACCUUCCUGUUCUCCAGGGAGAAUUCUGUGUGUGAGCUGCGUCCUGCACCGGUGUCUCCUGAGGAGAUGAAGAGGCCCCUGUCCCAGUACUGGAUCUCCUCGUCCCACAACACGUAUCUGACAGGUGACCAGUUCUCCAGUGAAUCGUCCCUGGAGGCCUAUGCCCGAUGUCUUCGCAUGGGUUGCCGCUGCAUUGAGUGUGAGAAUUCAAACGAAAAUUCUAAUUUAUAUUCAAACUCAAAUUCCAUUUAUGUUUUUUCAAUAAGGGAAAUCAAAUUCGAACUCAAACGAACUUCACGGCCAUUACAAACGCAAUGGCCGUGCAUGCCUGUCUUUCUGCCUGACUGUCUUUCUGCCUGUCUUCUUUCUCCGGACCUGAGCCGGACUCGCUGCCAAUUCACUUCUCUACCCCAUGGCGACCACACUCCAAUCAUCACCAUGGCCAACCUACCUCAAGUCUUCCUGGACGUCCUGCACACCAUCAAAGAGCAUGCCUUCGUCACGUCAGAGUACCCGGUCAUCCUGUCCAUAGAGGACCACUGCAGCGUGGUCCAGCAGAGGAACAUGGCGACUCACUUCAAGAAGGUGUUUGGUGAGCUGCUGCUGACCAAACCCGUGGACCUCACCGCUGACGAGCUCCCGUCGCCCUACCAGCUCAGACGCAAGAUCCUCAUAAAGCACAAGAAGCUGGCGGAGGGGACGCUGUACGAGGAGGUGACCUCCGGCAGCUACUCUGAGAGCGACAUCAGCAACUCCCUGCGCAACGGCAUCCUCUACCUGGAGGACCCCAUCGACCAUACCUGGACUCCUCACUACUUUGUUCUGACCAGCAAAAAAAUCUACUACUCUGAGGAGACAUCCCGUUACCAAAGCAAUGACGAAGAGGAGGAAGACGAGAGCAAGGAGGAGUGCAAUAAUAACCAGCAGCACUGCGCGGAGCGCUGGUUCCAUGGGAAACUGGGCGGGGGUCGGGACGGGCGCCAGGUGGCGGAGAAGCUGCUGCAGGAGUACUGCGAGGGCGCGGCCAAGGACCAGGAGUACGGCGAGGGCGGGGCCAAGGUCGGGGCCAAGGACGGGACCUUCCUGGUGCGCGAGAGCGAGACUUUCGUGGGAGACUACACCCUGUCCUUCUGGCGUUCUGGGCGUGUGCAGCACUGUCGGAUCCACUCCCGCCAGGAGGCGGGCUCCACCCGCUACUACCUGACGGACAACCUGGUGUUCGACAGCCUGUUCCGCCUCAUCUGCCACUACAGGGACACGCCCCUGCGCUGCAACGAGUUCGAGAUGAGGCUGGCAAGCCCCGUGCCCCAGCCCAACGCUCACGAGAGCCGGGAGUGGUUCCACUCCAACCUAUCCCGUGUGCAGGCUGAGCACAUGCUGAUGCGCGUGCCGAGAGACGGGGCCUUCCUGGUGCGCAAACGCAGCGAGCUCAACUCCUACGCCAUCUCCUUCAGGGCGGAGGGGAAGAUUAAGCACUGCCGGAUCCAGCAGGAGGGCCGGCUCUUCAUGCUGGGCAGCUCCGCUGAGUUUGAGAGCCUGGUGGACCUGGUCAGCUACUACGAGAAGCACCCGCUGUACCGCAGGAUGAGGCUGCGCUACCCCAUCAACGAGGACACGCUGGACCGCAUGGGCACCACGGAACUGGACUACGGCGCUCUGUAUGAAGUCCGUACCCCGCACUUCUACGUGGAGGCCAACAAGAUGCCAACUGCCCGGUGCACGGUCAAGGCUCUGUACGACUACCGGGCCCAGAGGGAGGACGAGCUGUGCUUUCCCAAACAGGCCCUGAUCCUCAACGUGGACAAGCAGGAGGGAGGCUGGUGGCGUGGUGACUACGGGGGAAAGAAGCAGCUCUGGUUUCCGGCCAACUACGUGGAGGAGGUGCCGAGCUCCCCCACGCGCGAGCAGGACGAGGCGUCCUCAGAGAACAGUCCUCUGGGCACGUUUCUGAAAGGAUAUAUAGACGUGCCGACCUGCCAAGUGGUGGUGCAGAAGGAGGGCCGGAGCAGCAGGCCCUAUGUCUUUACGCUGCACUGCCAGCAGAUGUCCUCGCACCCGGUGCAGACGCUGGACGUGGCCUCCGACUCUCUGGAGGACCUGGAGGGCUGGGUGGCCAAGAUCCGCGAGGCGGCCCAGAACGCCGACGCACGGAUGCAAGAGGAGAAGCAGAUGGAGAGGAGGAAGAAGAUCGCGCUGGAGCUGUCUGAGCUGGUGGUGUACUGCCGGCCCGUCCCCUUCAACGAGGAGAAAAUCGGUACGGACCGGACCUGCUGCAGGGACAUGUCCUCCUUCCCGGAGACCAAGGCGGAGAAGUUUGCCACGCGCAGUCGCGGGCGGAAGUUCCUGCAGUACAACCGCAGGCAGCUGUCCCGGGUGUACCCCAGGGGCCAGCGCCUGGACUCCUCCAAUUACGACCCCCUGCCCAUCUGGAUCUGCGGCUCUCAGCUGGUGGCCCUCAAUUUCCAGACCCCAGAUAAGCCCAUGCAGCUGAACCAGGCCCUGUUUACGCUGGGCGGGGGCACUGGCUACGUCCCGCAGCCUGAUGUUAUGAGAGAGGAGAGCUUUGACCCCUUCGACAAAGACACCCUGCGACUGGAGCCAAUCACCAUCCAGCUGCAGGUGCUGGGCGCCCGUCACUUGCCCAAAAAUGGGCGUAGCAUCGCGUGCCCCUUCGUGGAGGUGGAAGUGUGCGGCGCGGAGUACGACUGCAGCAAAAGCAAGACCGACGUUGUGGCUGAUAACGGUUUAAACCCGGUUUGGGUGCACAAGCCCUUUGUGUUUGACGUGCGCAACCCGACCUUCUCCUUCCUGCGCUUCGUGGUCUAUGAGGAGGACAUGUUCAGUGACCCCAACUUCCUGGCCCAGGCCGGGUUCCCCAUACAGUCCCUCAAAACAGGGUUCAGGAGUGUCCCUCUAAAGAACAGUUACAGUGAGGACUUGGAGUUAGCCUCCCUGCUGAUUCACAUUGAGAUUGUCAACGCCAAGGAAGAAGAUGAUGAGAACCUGUAUUCCUCGAUCCAGAGGCUGAGAGACCGCACCAACGAGCUGUCCAAUCAGGUGACGGUGCUCGAGAGGGCGGGGUCAGCUGACCUCAGCUACCAGCAGAGCUUGGAUGAGCUGCGGGCAGCACAGGACCAGCUCACUGAGCUGAUGGACGCUAGGAACCGCAGGCUGAUGGAGAAAAAGUCACGGGAGAAGCUGAGGCAGCAGAUGGGGGCCAGACGAAGUUAAACCUCCGGCCACCAGGUGGCGGUAUCAGACUGAGGGCUAAAGGCGCAGGGGCCUUACGCGCAGCUAUAAUGCCUGACCUGACCUGCAGGAAACAAACUCGGGAACAUGCAACUGGACAACUUAGGACAAUCUAGGACUACACAGGAAACCACGAGACUGAAGUGGACUACAUAGGGCUCUACUACACCGUACCGCAAGGACCAGCCAAUCGCACGCUCUUCAGAGAUGCACCUGGGCGUCAAACGUCAAAAUGCACAGUGAAGGAAAAAAAAAAAAAUAAAAAUAAUGAAAAGAAAAAAAAAAAAAAAAAACCUUAAAGGGAAGGAUUAAACCUCAGGUUAAUAAUGUUGCUGUGGUGAAACACAGCAGAAAAACAGCACAGUGAUCCGAAGAGAUCUUAAAGGGAACCAAACAACAUACUCGGAAAAGGGAAUAUAUGAAACAAGCUGGGGAAGUUUGUGCCUUUACUCCACACUAUAUAUAUAUAAACCGUCUGUGAGUCUUAGUAACACACAGUGUGGACGUGGACUGACUCCAUAUCUUUAUAUUGUACCUGCUCGCUCUCUCCAGACAGCCUGGGUUUAGCAGCUGGAGGGAAAUGUCCACCAAUCCCUCUCUCCUUCACCGGAAAACAAAUCUGAAGGAAUGAGAACCACUUCUUUCAAUGUAAUGUUGCUCAUUUGUGAGGGCUAUUCAGCAGACAGAUAGAUACACACUGUACAGCCGUGUGUACAGGACAGUUUGUCUCUCUCUCUCUCUCUCUCUCCCCUCUUUUUUCUCUCUCUUUUUCUUCAUGCUCAUCACUUUGUAGAAGCAUCUCCCGAAACACAAGACAAGUGAUGCAUUUUAACUGAGCACACACACACACACACAUACGUGCAUGCACACACACGCGCGCACACACACACACACAUACGUGCAUGCACACACGCGCACACACACACACGUGCACACACACACACACACGCGCACUCUGGCCGGUUGGGGAAAGGACUGGAACGAUAAGAGUCUGGGAGAAAUAGGACAGAUUAACAGAGAGAGACAGUGCACAGACAUCAUCUCAGAGUCUUGGGAGUAAAACUGGAUUCACAGAUGGGCACCUAGAAAUACAGCUGUGGGUCUGAUCCCUGCAGACUGGAUCUCUACAGACAAGAUCACUGCUGACUGGAUCCCUACAGACAAGAUCACCCUUGACUGGAUCACUGCAGACAAGAUCAAUGCAGACUGGGUCACUGCAGACUGGAUCCCUACAGACAAGAUCACUGCUGACUGGGUCACUACAGACUGGAUCACUAAAGACAAGAUCACUACAGACUGGAUCACUACAGACAAGAUCACUGCUGACUGGGUCACUACAGACUGGAUCACUACAGACCAGAUCACUACAGACAAGGUCACUGCUGACUGGAUCACUGCAGACUAGAUCCCUACAGACAAGAUUACUGCAGACUGGAUCACUACAGACCAGAUCACUGCUGACUGGAUCACUGCAGACUAGAUCACUGCAGACUGGAUCCCUACAGACAAGAUCACUGCUGACUGGGUCACUACAGACUGGAUCACUACAGACCAGAUCACUGCUGACUGGAUCCAUGCAGAUCAGAUCACUGCAGACUGGAUCACAAUUGCUAACCAUUGCAGACUGGAUCACUGAAGGCUGUUGACUGUUGUAGACAAGGAUUCCCAACUUUAGGCCACUGAAUGUCAAAUUGUUGGACUUUUAAGGGCUGUUAUGAUCUAACAAGUACAGCUGUCCCUGUGAAACAUACAGCCUGAAAGGACUGGAGGAAGCAGGGUGUCUCCUCCCCUGUUCUCAUUUAGGUUACAUCCUAAAUCUGAUUUGUAUAUUAAAUAAGGGCUUUUACCACAUUCCCCUCCAUUCACCUCCCCCAUUUAUCCUGGCCCCGCCCACUCACACCCCUCUAUUCUCCUGACCCCACCCACUCAUACCCUUAUCACUGCUCUGACCCCGCCCACUCCACACCCCAUCACCACUCUGACCCCGCCCACUCAAACCCCUGUCACCACUCUUACCCACUCCACACCCC